ACGUCAUAAUCUAUUUACGAUCAUUGUCGAUAGUCAUCUGACAAGACAAGCGCUCUUGAUAUUGCCAACCAAAUCAUAGUCAUUUUAUGAAUUUCGGGAUGCAUAGAGUGGUUUGUUGUUAUUAUUGUGGUGGCUUCAACUUGAAUUGAUUAUGGCUGGACCUACAGAAAAGAAAAAAGCUGAUGUGAAGGUUGUCAUUGUUGGUGAUGCGACGGUUGGGAAAACUACAUUCAUUAGACGAUAUAUGGAUGGAGUUUUCACAGAAAAUCCAGGUCAAACUGUUGGAGCAUGUUUCUUCCUCAAACAGUGGGGAAACAGCAAUGUGGCUUUAUGGGAUACAGCUGGGGAGGAGAGAUUUUCGGGUCUAAGUUCCUUCUACUGCCGCGAUGCAUCGGCUGCCAUCAUAGCGUACGACGUGACGAGGAGGAGCACCUUUGAGCUCCUGCAGGAGCGCUAUAUACCGCUCCUUGAGUCCGCCAAGGAAGACUGUCUCCUGUGUGUAACGGGAAUGAAGUCUGACCUAGUCAACAGCAAUACCAGGCAAGUGGCUCAAGGGGAAGCCAAGGAGUUUGCUUACAGACUCAACGCAAGUCGCUUUCAGGAAAUCAAGAGGAAGGAUCCUAGUCGGAAGAUCCCUGUCCCUUUCUUUGAGACGAGCUCCAAGACCGGUGUGAAUGUGGACGAAGUGUUUGAGUAUAUUUUCACUAGUAUCUUGCCAAGGACAGGGGAAAACGUUCCACAGAAAAAGGACACUGUAGACAUGAGCGGAGACUCUGAACGUUCCAAGGAAACGCUCAAAAAGAAAGGAUGCUGCAAUUGACCCUACCGCGAAUACGAUGUCCGACGGUGGAUGCGGACCUCCCUCCCACACUGCGCAGGUCGGCAGAUGCACAGAUACGAUUCUUGGGUAGAUGAUAAGACAAGGUCUUUUCCAGCUUCCAUCGAGAAUGUACAGCAGUGUGAACUAAUUCCUUAGUUUACUAAACUAUUGUUCAGGUUUUAUGAACUCCCCCGAUGAUUUGAUGAGAUCUAAGUAGGCACUGUUAUAAUCUGUGACUUCUAGUUUAUUGGUUUAGAAACUAUGCUUUCUAUCAGACUUUCCUUGACCCAUUCUUGACCCAUUGUAUAUGGGAAUCGGAAGUGCCUUUGCCUAUCGUACCCAUGGCCGGUGCUGCCCUCUAUGGCCCAAAAUAUGUAGUCGCGGUAGCGAUAAUUGAUUUUUGUUCAUGCAGAGUUUUUAAUGAGGUAAUGUUAUUAUGUCUGUUCAGGGCCAGAAGAGUGCUAUCUCUGCGCUAAGUGAAUGAACGAACACCCUUCUGGCUCCAAACAGGUGAUACAUUGUUGUAAAACCCAGAUAAAAUUGCCAGAUAUUGCUUUGCUCUUUUAAUUUGUACCAUAAUUUGCAUGCUCCCUUAAUAUUGCUCAUGUUUAUGUUAUGAAUAUAUAUAUUUUUUAAAUCUACCUUUCACUCUACUUAAAAAUUUGUUUCUGAGCAAAGUUAAGAAGAAUUAUAGCAGCUGCGAAGGAUAAGAGCAGUAAAAGAGAUCAUGAAAGAAAGAACAAUUCCCUAAAUUCUUGUAAUGUUGAGUGUAAAAAUUUGUCAAAAGUGGGUAUAAAUUUGAAACAUUAUGAAGGCCAGGUCCAAUUUUUGCCACCUUGUACUGAUAUUGCACCCUGGUACUCUGUCUGAGUUUAGUACACAUACAUCAUACUUUUAAGUGUAAAGUAUAUGAUUUGUACAGUAUUUGAGAAAAUAUAUUUUAUGAGUUAUAUUUAAAAAUUGUAUUUAUAUUGAUUCUUUGUUCUUUUGAUCUUUGUGUGUAAUAGUUUAAUAUCUUACUGCUGUAAUGUCAAACAGCAAGAAUUUCAUUUUUUAUUUUUAUUUUUAUUUUUUCAUACAUGAAAGUCAUUUUGCUGGCAUUUGUAAACCCUAUUGUUAAUGAUUACGUGAAACAUCUAGCUUUUAUUAUUUCUGUAUUGAUCAUUUUCAAAUGCAAAAUCACAAGUCUUUAAAAAAAAACAAACUAUUAUUGGACCAUAUUUCAAAUGUUCAUCCUUUGUUAUAUACAUUGUGUUACAUGGUAAACUUCAUCAUAUCAUUGCAUUUACAACUGGUAUAUAAAUGUUCUCAGUUUUUCAGCCACAGAGUGAUUGACAACUUUGAUUCAACUGUCGAGAUUUGUGUUACGAUAAAUUUUCCACAAGAAGCCAAAUCAGAUGGGAAUGAAAUGUAAUUAAGUCUUUCAGAUUUAAUACAGUUGUUAUUCAUGUGGCAGGAAUUUGAAGCCGUCCAGUUUGAUAAUUUCUAAACCAAUAAUGCAACCAUUUUAAAUCAGAAAGUUUAGAAUUUGAUACUUUUGAUUGCUGCAAGCACAUGUAUUUUGUGAACACUCGGACCAAAUUGUAUAGUUCUGUACAUUUCGAUACAUUCACGCCAUCGAGGCCUUUUCGUUUAGUGAAUAUAUUAAAUGGUAUGUUUUAGAUAUACAUGAAAGGCAUAUUUCUUAUGUUUAUGGAAUAUGAACCUUAGACUCAUGGUCAAAACAAGUUCUCUAAUUGCACAUCCACCAAAAA